AUCUGUGUGAAAGUAUUUAUUUGGGAAUUGAGUGAGUAAUAAAUAGCAUUAUCCUUUUCCUUGAUUUGAUACUUUAGUUCAGUGAACUGAAACUGUUUCCCAGCAAUCUUUUUGCACUUUUCAUUUCCCCUACGCUAUAAAACCUCACUUUCAAACACAUCCAUAACACACACAAACAACUCAAACUAACGGCGCACGCAAUGGCUACCCACGCCUCAUCUUUCUCCAGCCUCCGAGCCUACCUCCUAGCCGUAUCUCAGACUCCAUCUCGCUUCGCUCGGCGCGGCUUCUCCGUCUCAACCUCGUAUGAAGAAAUGAGCCGCGUACGAGCCAGGUCCGGCACCAGCAUGCGGAAGACUCUCCGCUGGUUUGACCUAGUCGGUUUCGGUAUCGGCGGAAUGGUCGGCGCCGGAGUGUUUAUCACCACCGGUACCGCUACGCAUAACUUCGCCGGUCCCGCUGUUGUCCUAUCUUUCGCCAUUGCCGGUUUCUGCGCUCUUUUAUCCGCCUUUUGCUACACUGAGUUCGCCGUUGAUAUGCCGGUUGCCGGUGGAGCUUUUAGCUACCUCCGCGUCACAUUCGGUGAAUUCGCGGCGUUUUUAACCGGCGCGAAUCUCGUUAUGGAUUACGUUAUGUCCAAUGCCGCCGUCGCUAGAGGCUUCACGUCGUAUGUCGGAACCACAAUCGGUGUCUCUCCCGAGAAAUGGAGGAUCAUAAUUCCUUCUUUUCCAAAAGGAUUUAACCAAAUAGACAUGGUUGCUGUGGCAGUUGUUUUACUCAUCACAAUCGUUAUCUGUUACAGUACGAGGGAGAGUUCAGUGGUGAAUAUGAUAUUGACAGCUUUGCAUAUAUUGUUCAUAGCAUUUGUGAUAGUGAUAGGCUUUUGGAAAGGGAGUUGGAAGAAUUUUACACAACCGGCUAAUCCGGAGAAUCCUUCUGGUUUUUUUCCUCACGGUGCGGCCGGUGUGUUUAACGGUGCGGCCGCGGUUUAUUUAAGCUACAUUGGUUACGACGCGGUUUCGACAAUGGCAGAAGAGGUUAAAGAGCCUGUGAAAGAUAUUCCAAUAGGUGUUUCUGGAUCUGUUAUUAUAGUGACGGUUCUUUAUUGUCUUAUGGCAGCUUCUAUGUGCAUGCUUCUUCCUUACGAUAUGAUUAAUCCUGAGGCACCAUUUUCAGCUGCUUUUAAAUCAGACGGUUGGGGAUGGGUGUCAAGAGUGAUAGGAGUGGGGGCCAGUUUUGGAAUAUUGACAUCAUUGAUAGUGGCUAUGUUGGGUCAGGCUCGCUAUAUGUGUGUAAUAGGUCGUUCUAAUAUGGUCCCUGCCUGGUUUGCGAAGGUCCACCCAAAAACAUCUACUCCUGUCAACGCCUCUGCUUUUCUUGGGAUAUUCACAGCAGCCAUUGCACUUUUCACUGAUCUUGAUGUACUUCUCAACCUUGUAUCAAUUGGAACACUCUUUGUUUUCUACAUGGUCGCAAACGCCGUUGUUUACCGACGCUACGUCGCUGCAGGGACAACAAAUCCAUGGCCAACAGUGUCCUUUCUCUUAUCAUUCUCCUUCACUUCCAUUGUGUUCACCCUUAUUUGGAAAAUCGUACCAACCGGAGUAGCAAAAGCCGCGAUGUUAAUUGCUUGCGGUGUGUUUGCCGUAGCAAUAUUAGAGUUUUUCCAUUUCACAGUUCCUCAAGCUAGAAAACCGGAAUUUUGGGGUGUUCCUCUUAUGCCUUGGAUACCGGCUAUGUCAAUAUUUUUGAACUUGUUUUUGCUCGGAUCACUCGAUGGAAAAUCGUAUAUUCGGUUCGGAGUGUUUUCGGCUGUUACGGUGCUGUUCUAUGUGUUAUACAGUGUUCAUGCUAGCUUUGAUGCAGAAGGUGAUGGUUCUCUUGAUCAAAAUGUGGAAUCAAAAGAAAGAGUGGACCAAAGUUUCAAAGUGUAGUUGAAUUGAAUUAUAUAUAAUUUAAUUAUUAGUAUUAUUAUUAGUAUUAUUAUAUGUUUAUGAAUUUUAAUUCAAAUUGACUUGAACCUUUUUGGGUGGUUAAUGUUCACUAAGAACAAGUGGGAUGAAUAUUAAAUUUAUUAGAAUAUUAGCAUAGGCUGCAAAGUUUAUAGAAGUGGCGAAUUGUAUAGUUAAAAGGCAGCUUAGGUGAUAAUCUCUUUUGUAAAUUCUUUGGCUCAUGUCAUCAUUCCAAACAAAAGAAAUCUUUGCAUAUCUUA